AUACCUUCACCAGUUCCUCUGCCUUCUACACAGAAUUUGAAACCAAUUCUCACCCAAAUCGCAAAAUGCAGGCGAGUUCUGGGCUAUGGUCAUCUUCGACCAUCUUAAACUCCUACAGUGAUGAAGAUCAAUUCGCCGGAAAGAUUAUGGAAGGUUUUAGCGCACGGCUGAAAAUCGUAGCUGCUUGUGAUGAAAUUAAAGUUGAAAAUUCAAUACCCAGUGAUGGGAAGUCCUCCGAAGACCAAAAUCGAUUGUUAAAUAAACAACAAUCACAAGAUGAAAAGGUUGAAGAUCAUGCAAUUGAAGAAGAACAAGAAGAUGGUCACGGUGAUGAAGAUUUCUCGUUUGUAUGCAGCGUAGAUGAGUUACCAUCACCGAUUUCGGCUGACGAUGUCUUCCAAAACGGUCAGAUCAAGCCUGUUUUUCCGUUAUUUGGCCGAGAUCUCCUUCUCCUUCUAUCCGAUGAAGGCGAUGGUGAUUCUUCUCAUAACAUUUCCAACUCUCAUGUGGGGUCUCCUGUGAAAAAGUUUUUCAUCGAAACAAACUAUCCCCCUCUACCUCCGUCAUCGGAAUCUGAUGAAAUCAACGGAGUCGCCGCCGGUCCGUACUGUGACUGGUCAAAAGGAAAAACAACCGAAAAGUCACCUGAGGUUUGCAAGAAAAGUAAUUCCACAGGAUUUUCGAAGCUUUGGAGGUUUGGGGAUUUUUACAAACGGAGCCACAGCGAUGGCCGCGACGCGUUUGUUUUCAUGAACAAUCCGGCCACCGGAACUGCGGCGAGUAAAAAGACUGAAGAGAAGGUGGUAGAGAAUAGGCCGCCAGAAAAGAUAAAAAGCGCUGGAGAGGUGAAGAUUAAUAACGGAAAUGGUGUAGCAGGAGGGAAAGUAAAGGCGAAGACGACGAAGAAAGGAGUGAAGCCCGAAACGUCGUCGUUGUCAGCUUACCUGAAGAACAGAGCGGCAGAGGAAGAUCGGCGACGGUCGUACCUGCCGUACAGGCCGGAGUUAGUUGGGUUUUUCACUAACGUUAACGGUGGAUUAAGCAGGAAUGUUCACCCAUUCUAAGCACAGAUUUAUUUAAUUUUUGGAUUUUAUUAAUUCAAUUUUUGUAAAUCAAAAAAAUUGAAUUUUUCGUUUUUUUUUCCCACCUAUUUAUGAAAUUGUUUGGGUGAAAAAUGUUAUCAGGGGCUCUUACAAAACUAGGAUGCCUAAUUUAUCAACCUCUCUGUACAUUUUGAAAUUCUUUAGUUCAAUUGAUUUCUCUUCAAUUUAUGUGGGAAAAUGUUAAUGACUGGUUAUUUUUUUAUUUUUUGGUCG